CGGUGCCUUGACUUUAAAUCGUAUUUCAUCGGGAGUGUGCGCGCUCCCGCUGGAAGGAAGGAAGGAAGGAAGGAAGGAAGGUUUCGUGGACAACUUGAGGAUAUGCCGCGUCUUCUGCCAACUUUACUCUUCAAACCAAACUCUCGGAGAGCUGAAGACAAAACCGGAGUGUGACGAAUGGACUGAAGAGGAGCGGAGAGGAAGAGGAGGAGGAGGAGGGGGAGGAGGAGAAGAGCCAUUCUCUUGCAUUGAUCCAACUUCGAGAUGAAAGCCGUCGUGGCUCUGGUCCUGCUCGGGGUUCUCCUCAGCCUGGACCGCCUGGCCGCUCAGAGGGCCAAACCGGACCAGGACCGGGACCGGAACCAGGAUCAGGACCGGAACCAGGAUCAGGACCAGCACCGGAACCCGAACGACAGAAACACUCACAGUGAUGAGACAGAACCGAAGAAGAAGAAGAAGAAGAAUCAGCCGCAUAUCAUCUUCAUCCUCACAGAUGACCAGGGCUUCAACGACGUCGGCUACCACAACCCGAGCAUCAAGACGCCCACGCUGGACAAGCUGGCGGCGGAGGGCGUCACGCUGGAGAACUACUACGUCCAGCCCAUCUGCACGCCGUCACGCAGCCAGCUCAUCACCGGCAGAUACCAGAUCCACACGGGCCUCCAGCACUCCAUCAUCAGACCCAGCCAGCCGAGCUGCCUGCCCUCACACAUGGACACGCUGCCCCAGAGGCUGCGCCAGGCCGGCUACGCCACGCACAUGGUGGGCAAGUGGCACCUGGGCUUCUACAGGAAGGCGUGCCUGCCCACCAGAAAGGGUUUUGACAGUUUCUUUGGUUCUUUAACAGGAAGUGUGGAUUACUACAGUUACGGGUCAUGUGACGGCCCGGGGUUGUGCGGCUACGAUCUCCACGACGAUGAGGGCGUGGCCUGGGGCCAGGAAGGAAAGUACUCCACCACGCUGUUCACGCAGAGGGCGUGCAAGAUCCUGGAGAGCCACGACCCCACGGAGAGGCCGCUCUUCCUGCUGCUCUCCCUGCAGGCCGUCCACACCCCUCUGCAGACGCCCAAGUCCUACAUCUACCCGUACCGCGACAUGGCCAACGUCGCCCGCAGGAAGUUCGCCGCCAUGGUGUCCACGGUGGACGAGGCGGUCCGCAACGUCACCUACGCCCUGAGGAAGCACGGCUACUACCGGAACAGCGUCAUCAUCUACUCCACCGACAACGGCGCCCAGCCGUUCACGGGCGGGAGCAACUGGCCGCUGCGAGGCCGGAAGGGCACGUACUGGGAGGGCGGGGUCCGCGGGGUGGCGUUCGUUCACAGCCCGCUGCUGAGACGCCGGAGGCGGGUCUCCAAAGCUCUGCUGCACAUCACCGAUUGGUUCCCCACCCUGGUGGGACUGGCCGGGGGGAACGCCAGCGAGAGCGAAGGCCUGGAUGGGUUUGACGUCUGGCCCGCCAUCAGUGAGGGGAGGGAGUCUCCUCGCCAGGAGAUCCUCCACAACAUCGACCCGCUGCACAAACCUCCCGCCCAGACCAAAGACUGGGACGCCUCCGGCCCAAAGAAAACAAAGAAGAAGAAGAAGAAGAAGAAGAAGAAGGUCCAGGGGAAGGAGAUGAAGAAGCAGAAACCGAAACAGAAGUCGGCGUUCAGGGUGAAGACCACCAAGAAACCACCGGGGCCGUUUUCCCGUCGCCAAAGCGAACCCAAACCCGAGGUUCCGAAAACCGAACCCGAGACCGGAGUCCGGCCUCGGAAGCAGAGGCCGCCGCGCCGCGAUCCGCGCCGCGAGUUCUCCUCCAGCGGCGCUCCGCCGGCGACGUCUGCCGCUCGACCUCGGCCCGGGUCGCCGUCCAGGCGGAACGCUUCCCGGAUCCAGAACCAGAACCCGACGCGAUCCCGACCGCCUGGACCCGACCCGGAGCUCCAGUUGCAGCCGAGGUACCAGAACGCGUCCCGGCCGGCCGGGUCGCCGUGGGACCCGUCGGUCCAGGCCGCCAUCCGGGUGGGAGACUGGAAGCUGCUGACCGGAGACCCGGGUCACGGGGACUGGGUCCCGCCGCAGGUACUUCCCACUCUCCCCGGCCGCUGGUGGAACCUCGAGUUCCCCAGAACCUCGACGCUGAAGAACGUGUGGCUGUUCAACAUCACGGCCGACCCGUGCGAGCGCCGGGAUCUGGCGGACCGGCGGCCGGACGUGGUCCGGCGGCUGAUGGACCGGCUCGCCGCCUACAACCGGACCGCCGUGCCGGUGUACUUCCCGCCGGACGACCCCCGAGCCGACCCCAGCCGGCGCGGGGGGGCCUGGGCGCCCUGGGUGGAGGACGGGGUGGACGGCGAGGAGGAGGAGGGGAGGUACGACGGCGUCUACAAAAAGGGACGGAGUGGCAAGAAGAAGAGGAAGAAGCCGCGCUGCCCGCUGUGCAAGCUGAAGUCCUUCUUCCUGAAGCUGAACACCGGGAUGAUGUCCAACCGGAUCUGAGCGAUUAUCAAAUCACCAAAAAUGAGAAGUUCAAAAAAGAUCCUCUCAGGCCUCAGAAGUUCAACCCAAAAAAGUGAACUGGCCCUUUAAAUUCCUGCCUGUUUAUCAUGUGAAUUUUUGACCGUUUCCUUGUUUAUUUUGUCGUCAUUUUCUUUCUCAAAUUUUCUCAAAAAAAAGAAGACAGAGUUCUUUGAACACAAGAGCCGCCAGAGUUUAGCAGUAAAAUGUACUUUUACAUUUUAAAUGAUUAAUGUUUCUUUAACUGUGUUUUAACGGCAACUUAAACUUCCCAGAUGUGGGUUUCGUAGCAGCUUAUUUACUUUUCACAAGUUAAAAAAAAUAUUUGUUUCUCUACACUUUUUGAGACCCGGCGAUGGCCGACAUGUUUGUAAUAUUUGUUUUUGUUUUCUUUUUGUGCAUCUUCUUUGGGGUUGUGAGACCGUUGAAUGUACAGCCGAUGGAAAGACGAUGAGCUGACAGUUUGUGUGUUUUUAACUGAACAGCAGAGCAGGUUUUUUAAAUUUAUAUAUAUAUAUAUAUUUGUAUGUAUAUAUUUAUAUAUAUAUAUUUGUAUGUAUAUAUAUAUAUUUGUAUGUAUAUAUAUUUAUAUAUGUAUAUAUAUAAUAUGUUAUAUAUGUAUGUAUAUAUAUAUGUAUAUAUUUGUAUAUAUAUAUAAAAAUGUCUACAUAUAUAUAUAUAUAUAUAUUUAUAUAAAAAUGUCUAUAAAUAUAUAUAUUUAUAUACAUAUAUAUAAAUAUACAUAUAUAUUUCUAUAAAAAUGUCUAUAUAUACAUAUAUGUUUAUAUAUAUACAUAUAUAUCUAUAUAUAUGUAUAUAUAUAGAUAAGCAUUUUCAAGACAUUAAGUGACGAAAUCCUACGAGACAUUUUAAAAAAACGUUAAAACUUUUUUAGAUUAAACAAAAUUUAGGGGUUGAAAGGGUGUUUUUAAAAAGUGAUUAAAAGUUUAAACUAUGCGUUUGUUUGUCGUACGGAUGAAUCAAAUGAAGAAAGAGCUGAAACAAGUUGACAGACCCGAUACCAUCAUGAACUCUUCUCAUGGAAACUCAAUAAACUGGUUGAACAUAAAGUCGUUGCUCUUCAAAUCCUCUUAGAGUUCUGAAGACUUUCUGCUCCAGUCGCCAUUUAAACUUGUUAAAAGUAUUACUUUGUGAUUGUAGAGGUCAUAUUGUAUAAGGUGUACAUGUACAUGUACUUAUUUACAACACUGGUUUGGAAGUUUGAAAAAGAUUUGCCUCAGUGGGCUUUAAACUGUGGACACAUACGGCAUCCUCUGACCUUUGACCCUCACAUCGGUUCAGGAUAUACAGGACUGUCUCAGAAAAUUAGAAUAUUGUGAUAAAGUUCUUUAUUUUCUGUAAUGCAAUUAAAAAAACAAAAAUGUCA